GGCAGCGAGAGAGGGAAGAGGAGAGGAGAGAGGGAGAGAUGGAGUUAAGCGGGGAAGGGGAUGACGCGCAGGGGACAGGGGGCAUGGUGUUGCCGCUGCUCUACAGCGCGGUGGCGGUGGCGUUGGGCGGCGCGGUGCUGCGCUUGCUGCUGAGGCAGGAGCUGGAGCCGGGGCUGGCGGCUGCGCUGCGGCUGCUGCUGGCCCUCUUCAGCCAGCCGCUCUGCUCCGUGGCCAUGCCCGGCUACCCCGGCCUCUGCCUCUUCUCCCUCGCCUGUCUGCUCGCCUACAGCCGGCUGCCCGUGCCCCAGCUGCUGCCCGUCCAGGGCAAAGCCAUCCUCAUCACAGGAUGUGAUUCUGGAUUUGGUCAUGCACUGGCAAAAUACCUCGAUAAACUGGGCUUCACUGUGUUUGCUGGAGUUCUGUACCUCGAUGGGCCUGGUGCUCAGGAUCUGAAAAUGUGUGGGUCAGACAGGCUCACGGUGCUCCAGCUGGAUGUUACAAGUUCGGAGCAGAUAGCUGAAACCUUUGAGCAUGUAAAAGCUCAGCUAAAGAACCGAGGACUUUGGGGUAUCGUGAACAACGCGGGGGUGCUGGAAAUUGUUGCUGAUGCAGAACUUCUCCCCAUGAAUAUUUUCAAGCACUGCAUGGCGGUGAACUUCUUUGGGGCUGUGGAAGUCACCAAAAUAUUCCUUCCACUACUUCGCCAAGCCAAAGGCAGGCUUGUUAACAUCACAAGCCUGGCAGGAGUCACACCAUUAUUGGGCUUUGCGGCAUAUAGUGCCUCGAAGGCUGCUCUCAACAUGUUUUCCAAUAUUUUGAGAUCUGAAAUUGCCAUCUGGGGAGUUAAGGUGGCCAUCAUUCAGCCAACUAAUUUCAGAACAGGUAUAUUUGGCACCAGUGACCAAUGGAGCAACAAGCACAAGAAACUCAUGCAGUAUCUCUCUCCUGAUGUGAGAAAAGAUUAUGGUGAAAGCUAUAUAACUUCAUGCAUAGACAAAUGCGCUAAAUUUUACAAUGAAGCACAUGAUGAUCUGCAAACUGUUCUUGAUGAUAUCUCCUUGGCAUUGAUGGCAAAGAACCCAAAGCAGGUCUAUUCCCCUGGACAAGCUGCUUUAUUUCUGCCGUUCCUCCAUCAAUAUGCUCCCACCUGUAUAUUUGAACAUAUUAUGAUUUCUUUGGUUGGCUCAGGUCCGAAUCAACCAGAUGGAGUUAAAGAAAAAGGAUCCCAUCAGUAGCUAAUAUCAACCCAUUCUCCAUUCAGCACAGAUGGGUACUUUCUACUGAUGAAAACCUAUAUACAGUUUAUUAUAUUUUAUAUAUAUACUAGACCAAGUGGGACCCGUUGGGUCCCGUCCGCUCAACGCGCGAUUGCGUGGUUAUAUUUAUACGUGGGUUAUAAUACAAUAUAACCAUGUAUAUAUAUAUAUAUA